CGUGGAUCUAAAUUAACUCCCUUCCACUUAUAUCCUCUCUCUCUUCUCUCUGUGUCAAGAUUCCUUUCCUCUUCCAUGCGUUGUGUUAUCUGCCUCUUCUUCUCAAAGAUCUGAUUUUAAUUGAUUCCUCCCCACCAUGGCCUUAAUCCACCGUUCAGAUCCUCUCUCUCGGAUCCACCCGGAACCACUAAACCAACCCGACCUCUUCGACUACCUCCCCGACUCCAUCCUCCUCCUCGUCUUCAACCGUAUAGGCGACGUCAAAGCCCUCGGCCGAUGCGGCGUCGUUUCAAAGAGAUUCCACUCCCUCGUCCCUCAAGUCGAAAACGUCGUCGUUCGCGUCGACUGCGUCAUCUCCGACGACGACGAUUCUUCCUCCUCCUCCUCCUCCUCUCUCUCCUCCGACAAGCCUCGCUCCUCCUCCUCCGCCGUCUCCGCCAUCUUCCGCCUCAUCUUCAAACCUUUACACGCUCUCACACAGCUCCUCUCCACCAAACGCUCAUCGUCACCGUCUUCUCCUUCCUCCUCCGCCUCCUCCUUGUCGAUCACCGGAGGAGACGACGGAGAGAUCGAGCAAAACGGCGUGACGCACCAUUCCCCGACGCAAGUCCUCAAGAACUUCAACGAGAUUCGUCUCCUCCGCAUCGAGCUUCCCGCCGGCGAGUUAGGCAUAGACGACGGCGUUUUGCUGAAAUGGCGGGCGGAGUUCGGGUCAACCCUCGAGAAUUGCGUCAUCCUCGGCGCUUCCUCCGUCUCCACAGACCCUUCCUCCGACGACACCGUGUCGUCGGAAGACUCCGGGAGCAUACCGGAGUCGUUCUACACGAACGGAGGUUUAAAGCUCCGCGUCGUGUGGACGAUCAGCUCAUUGAUCGCCGCCUCGGCGAGACACUACUUGCUUCAGCCGAUCAUCGCCGAGCACAAGACGCUUGAUAGUUUGGUGUUGACGGAUACGGAUGGGCAAGGAGUGCUUUGUAUGAAUAGGGAUCAGUUAGAGGAGUUGAGGGUGAAGCCUUUGUCUGCUUCUUCGGCUUCUAAGAGGACACUUGUGCCGGCUUUGAACAUGAGGCUUUGGUAUGCUCCUAGUUUGGAGUUGCCUGAUGGGACUGUGUUGAAGGGUGCUACUUUGGUGGCGAUUAGACCUAGUGAGUGUAAGAAAGAGGUGUGUGAUGUUUCUUGGGUUGCGUCUGCGUUUGAUGGGGUUUAUGGUGUGGCUGCUAAGAUGCUUGUUAAGAGGAGGACUUACUGUCUUGAAAUGAACUCGUUCUAAUGUGCAAGAGUCUGGUCUUGAGGUGAAUCCUGAAGGCUAACCAGGUUUUGAUAGAGUGACUACAGUGCAUAAGAUCAAUUUUGUCAUUCUCAGAUUCACCAUUGUGGCUAUAUGUACUUGGUGAAGAAGAUCUGUGAUCUCCUCCGCUUCUAGUUCCGGCUGCACAGACACCAGGAACCGCAUCAGCUGGCUGCUUUCUUUUUUAUUUUCAGCUCGCAUAGCAAUCGUGCAAGAGCAAGUUUCUAUCUUAUAAAAAAUCUUCCUCUCUGCAUCUUUCUUUCAUUAUUAUGUUAAUAUUAUUUGUAGGUAAGUGAUACAGUUUGAUUCUCCCUGCUUGUCUUUCAUGUAUUUCUCCCAAGUUGUUAUAUAAAAUAAAAUUGAGAGCAAUUGCAA